CCUCCACAGGUCCAUCAACGCUAGCGACGCUCAGAGGAGGAGAUGGCGGCUAGAGGGGGCUUUCAGUCGGCACCAACCGGAGGAGGCGGUGGUCCGAUGGGUCCUGGACCUCCAGUGCCGGGUGCUGGACCGGGCAUGGGACCGGGGACUCCUUCGGGUCGGAUGGGUCCAGGCGGGCCGGCGCAGAACCACAUGUACCGCUCUCCGAUGCCUGGGCCUGGGUACCCGAGACCAGGCAUGCCCCCCUCUAGCAGAAUGACCCCACAGGGACCAGCCAUGGGUCCUCCAGGAUACGGAGGGAGCCCUGUGUCUCGUCCCGGGAUGCCUGGAGUCAUGGACCCGUCCCGCAAGAGACCUGCUCCUCAACAGAUACAACAGGUGCAGCAGCAGAGCAGGAACCAGCACACAAAGAAGAAGAAGAUGGCUGAUAAAAUUCUACCUCAGAGGAUUAGGGAACUAGUCCCAGAGUCUCAGGCUUACAUGGAUCUGCUGGCGUUUGAGAGGAAGCUGGACCAGACCAUUAUGCGCAAAAGACUGGACAUCCAGGAAGCCCUCAAAAGGCCCAUCAAGCAAAAAAGAAAGCUUAGAAUCUUCAUAUCCAACACCUUCAACCCUGCCAAACCUGACGCUGAGGACGGGGAAGGCACCGUUGCAUCAUGGGAGCUGCGAGUUGAGGGACGUCUGCUUGAAGAUUCUGCCGUGUCCAAGUACGAAGCCACCAAACAAAAGAGAAAGUUCUCCUCUUUCUUCAAGUCUCUGGUGAUCGAGUUGGACAAGGAUCUGUACGGUCCAGACAAUCACCUCGUGGAAUGGCACAGGACAGCCACCACCCAGGAGACGGAUGGUUUCCAGGUGAAGCGUCCUGGAGAUGUGGGCGUACGCUGCACUGUGCUCCUCAUGCUGGACUAUCAGCCUCCUCAGUUCAAACUGGACCCCCGGCUGGCCCGCAUGCUGGGGAUCCACACCCAGACCAGGCCAGUCAUCAUCCAGGCUCUGUGGCAGUACGUCAAGACCCACAAACUGCAGGACCCCCACGAGAGAGAGUUCAUCAACUGUGACAAGUAUCUGCAGCAGAUAUUUGAGACUCAGCGGAUGAAGUUCUCGGAGAUCCCGCAGCGCCUGCACGCCCUCCUUAUGCCCCCAGAACCAAUCAUCAUCAAUCAUGUGAUCAGUGUGGACCCAAAUGACCAGAAGAAAACUGCCUGCUAUGACAUUGACGUGGAGGUGGAUGACACGCUCAAAACUCAGAUGAACUCUUUCCUGUUGUCCACAGCCAGUCAGCAGGAGAUCGCUGGUUUGGAUAAUAAGAUCCAUGAGACGAUUGAGACCAUAAACCAGCUGAAGACGCAGAGGGAGUUCAUGCUGAGUUUUGCUCGAGAUCCUCAGGGCUUCAUCAAUGACUGGCUGCAGUCCCAAUGCAGAGACCUCAAGACCAUGACUGAUGUGGUGGGAAACCCCGAAGAGGAAAGGAGAGCAGAGUUCUACUACCAGCCCUGGGCUCAGGAAGCUGUUUGCCGUUACUUUUACUCCAAGGUCCAGCAAAGGAGACAGGAGCUGGAGCAGGCACUUGGCAUCAGGAACACUUAAAGAAAUAUCCAUACAAUGAUGGCUUUUCCCGGCAAUUUAAGUACAACCAAGGGGGGAAUGAAUUUCAAAUAGGCGCUAGAUUGUUCAUGCUAAUUGAUUUAACUGUUUUGGUUGUCGGCUCUUAAAAGGCAUAUUCCCCACUAGAUUUCAACACAUGUAAUUCAUUUGCAUGUUGUAGCCUUAAGUCAAAAGCAUUCCUUAAAAUUGUGAUAUGUUGGAACAAGCUGUAUAGAAAUCACAAAUUGACUGUUCUCCAUACAUUAAGUAAUUUGAACAAAAUUAUUACAACAUUGCCCUAAAAUGUAUUGUGAUUGGUUAAAAUGUGUAGUUAUUACAAAGGAAUCAGCUAUUUGAAAAAGCAAAUUAUUCAUAGUAGUGCCAUUUUGUAUUUUUUGUACUUCAAUUUUUGCUUUAGAAGAAAAAAAAACCUUAUGUCAGUCUUGUUGGCUAGUACAGAUUAUAAAGGAAGUAGUAGUAGUUUUGAGUACCUCUAGUCUUUACUAUAUAGUUUUGUAAAUACUGCAACUGCGAAACAUGAAGGUGGAUGUGAAGUGAAUCGUAUCUUGUUUUUUUCUUCGCUUUUGCUUACUUUAUUAUUCAAUAUUUAUAUUUUACAACAAAUUUUGAGCACACUGAACUAGCUACAUUUACGUAUAACUGAUUUCCACUGCAGGGAAAGCUAGCUGCAAAGAGUGAAGUAGUUUUAAGCAGAAAAAGCCAUAAUUACAAGCUGCUUCACAUCAUCACUGACUGAAAACAUUUGUUAUUUACCGCCUCUUUUAUUUAAUGUUGAAAUAUCAAUUGUAAUUCUUUUUGUGCUUUGAGUUAUGAAUACACUAACAUGGUGAAGGGGAGCUUUUACGACCGAAUAGUCAACGCUGGGGGCUAUGUGGUGGUAUUUAAAUGAUCUGUAGACUAUUUCAUGGACCAAACCUAUUUUUCUGUAUGUCAUGUUAUAAAUAAAGGAUAUGUAAAAGUA